AUGUCCAUACCGAGAAGAUUGUCCAGCGCUUUCACAACUCUGAGUGUCAUCGAGGAAGUCACUGAAUCAAACACCAUGACUGAUGGAGUAAUUUCAAUAAAGCUAGCCAUACAUGACGGCAAUCAAGGCGAUGGAGCUCUCUAUCGGCUGAAAAAGAACUCGCUAGUACAUGUGCAUCCGGGUGCCUCGCUUUUGGGACGUCGUGUAGCACUGUACUGCAACUACCCAGCAGAUGAUAAGGAGUUUUGUCGGAAUACCUACAGACGCCUGGAAUGGUGCUCGGCCGCAGGAUCUCCACUUGGUGCGAAUGGUUCCGAAUACACUUCGAUAAAAGACGUGGAUUAUUACUGCAAUGUUCACCUUACCAAAUCGGGAGCUUAUCACUUCUACGCUCUUUAUGAAGAUUGUCCGGAAGCAGGAGCGCAAGCUGGGCUCUACGUACAAAUAGAACCUCAGUUGUCGGUUGGAACGGGCGCAGCGGCCACGUCUCUGCCGCUGGAUGCGAUCCGAUGUCAGACGGUGAUUUCAAAGCUCCUCGGUCCAUUGGACACAUGGGAGUCAAAGUUGCGUGUGGCUAAGGAGUCCGGUUACAACAUGGUACACUUCACACCCGUGCAGGAAUUGGGUGGAUCGCGUUCGGCGUACUCUUUGCGCAAUCAGCUAAAGGUGAAUCCAGACUUCCAGAACAAAGGAGGCAAAGAAGUGUCCUAUGAUGAUUUGGCGGUGAUGAUGCGGAAAAUGCGCCAAGAAUGGAACGUUGCAUCGAUAUGUGACAUUGUGCUGAACCACACGGCCAACGAAUCGAUCUGGAUAAGGGAGUAUCCGGAGUGUAGCUACAAUUGUUUCACCUGUCCCCAUUUACGCCCGGCAUUUCUGUUGGACGCAAUGUUGGCUCGCGUGGGUGAGGAUGUUAAGGAUGGAAUGUUGGCGCAUGUAGGUGUACCGGAGGUGGUUGAAACAGAAGACCACCUGCAAGCCAUCCGUUGGCAGAUCCAUUCGAACUAUUUGCCCCAGGUGAAGCUGUACGAACUUUAUCAGUGCGAUGUGGACAAAUACCUCUCACGGUUCAAUGACGAGUGUAGUAAGCGUAGUCCCAGCCGUGCGCAGGAUAUUCCCGAAGGAGAUAUAAAGCUUCGCGCUGAUCCGGAGUAUCGGCGACUCGGUGCGGAAAUCGAUUUUGAUCGUGCAAUGAGCAUCUACAACGUGUUUCGUCAGGACUGUUUCGACGAGGACAGUCGCAAGCGUAAAUGUGCCGAAGUGUUCCGCGCCCGGUUACAGUUCCUGAACGAGGAAGUCCGUCGUGAAAUUCAAGAGCAUCUUGACUACGCGAUUGACAACUGCCUAGCCGGAACUCGCUAUGAGCGCGUGCAAGGUGACGGUCCUCAGGUGAAAGGCAUAUCGCUGAAGUACCCUCUGUUUAUGAAGUAUUUCACGCACUACGGAACCCAGGGUAAAUCGCUGAAGGAUAUCGAAAGCUUGAUGUACGGAGGUGCCGGAAAGCUCUUUAUGGCACACAACGGAUGGGUAAUGAAUGGUGACCCGUUGAAAGAUUUCGCCCGUGCGCAACCGGGCACAGCGAACGUUUAUCUACGCCGUGAGCUCAUUGCCUGGGGUGACAGCGUGAAGCUGCGAUACGGCGAUAAACCCGAAGACAGUCCGUACCUAUGGAAGCACAUGCAGGAGUACGUCGAUACUACGGCACGCAUUUUCGAUGGAGUACGGUUGGACAAUUGCCAUUCCACUCCAUUGCAUGUGGCUGAAUAUUUGCUGGACUCGGCGCGUAAAGUCAACCCGGAACUGUACGUGGCCGCAGAGCUGUUCACCAACUCGGACCACACGGAUAACAUCUUUGUGAACCGUCUUGGUAUUACGUCACUGAUUCGAGAGGCCCUCUCAGCAUGGGACUCACACGAGCAAGGUCGACUGGUGUAUCGUUACGGUGGGGCUCCGGUUGGUGCAUUCUUCCCCUGUCCGAAGCGUAUCCUUGCACCAGGGAUUGCACAUGCUCUGUUCAUGGAUCUAACGCACGACAAUCCGUCGCCGGUUGAGAAACGCUCGAUUUUCGAUCUGAUCCCUUCGGCCGCCCUCGUGUCGAUGGCAUGCUGUGCCACUGGCAGCAAUCGAGGUUACGAUGAGUUCGUCCCGCAUCACGUCCAUGUGGUGGACGAAGAGCGACAAUAUCAGGAAUGGGGCAAUCAAGUGAACAAAAGCACGGGGCUGAUUGCGGUAAAGGAGGCACUGAAUGUGCUUCACGGAGGGCUUGCUACGCAUGGGUUCGAUCAAGUCUUUGUCGAUCAGAUGCAUCCGGAAAUAGUGGCCGUUACACGUCACUCGCUUACUAACCACGAGACUGUUAUUCUCGUUGCCCAUAAUGCCUUCAGCUAUCCCAAUCCAUGGGCUGGUCCGACCGGUGUACGUCCGUUGGAGUUCGAAGGAGAGUUCAAGGAGAUCGUACUGGAGGUGCAAAUCUACAAGAAAACUGGCCAAACGUUCGAUCGCCCGACGGAGUUUGUCAAGAAUGUGGACUACAUUAACGGUGUUAAUGAGUACGUGGUGGAUUUGAAGCGUAACCUGAAGCUGGAAGAGUCGGACAUAUUUGGCAAGGAAGCGGUCGUGAAAGGUAACGUGACGCAGCUGCACUUUUCGAACUUAAAGCCCGGUUCCGUCGUCGCGGUUAGAGUCGCGUUGAAAGAGAGCGUAAGGGUGCACUUCGACAAUCUGCAGUCACUGGUACGCGAGUUCCACCAGGAUAAAGGUUCACGGUAUGCAGAGUUGCAGCACAUGCUAUCCAAGUUGGACUUGGUGGACUUUAACAAAUUGCUCUACUGCUGUGCCGAGGAGGAACGCGACAAUGGCGGAGGUCCGUACAAUGUCGAAGGUUACGGAGAUCUUGUGUAUUGUGGUCUGCAGGGUGUCAUGUCCAUCCUGUCCGAUAUUGGACCGAACAAUGAUUUGGGACACCCGUUUGCGAACAAUCUGCGGAAUGGCAAUUGGCUAAUCGAUUACUGUUCUCAGCGCUUGUUGAAGUACGAGAAACUAGUGCCCAUAUCCAAGUGGUUAGAAAACAACCUGAAGUCGCUGAAGGAAAUUCCCCGCUACAUGAUACCGUCCUACUUCGACGUGAUUAUCACAAACGUACACCGGCUGGCGAUUGCGGCGGCGUGUAAUUUGAUGUCGGACUUUGUACGCCAAGGUUCCAACUUUGCUCGACGGCUUGCCCUUGGAUCGGUGCAGUGUGUGAGUGUCUGUCCGUCGGCAAACCUGCCCAAACUGAGUCCCAAUGUGGGCGAUCCAAAAUCUCCGAGCCACUGUGCGACGAUGGCCGCCGGUUUGCCCCACUUUGCGACGGGCUAUAUGCGUUGCUGGGGCCGGGACACUUUCAUUGCAAUCCGUGGGCUGACAUUGCUAACUGGCCGUUACGAUGAAACACGCUACAUGAUACUCGGAUUUGGUGGCUGCUUGAGACACGGCCUGAUCCCGAAUCUACUUGAUGGUGGACAGAAUGCACGGUUCAACUGUCGCGAUGCGAUUUGGUGGUGGCUGUAUACAAUCAAGCAGUACGCCGAAGAAGUGCCGAAUGGCAAAACCAUUCUUAAAGACAAGGUAUCGCGCCUAUAUCCGACGGACGAUUCCGAAGCAAAGGCACCUGGGGAAUGUGAUCAAAUGUUGUACGAGACGAUUCAGGAAGCGCUAACUAUACACUUCCAAGGAUUGGCGUAUCGCGAACGCAACGCUGGAACACGCAUCGACGCGCACAUGAAGGAUAAGGGCUUUAACAAUCGUAUCGGAGUCAAUCCGGACACGGGCUUUGUGUUUGGUGGCAAUAACGCCAACUGCGGCACCUGGAUGGACAAGAUGGGUUCCUCCGAUAAGGCCGGCAAUCGGGGCAUUCCCUCGACGCCUCGUGAUGGUUCUGCGGUCGAAUUGGUCGGCCUCCAGAUGGCCGGGUUGCGAUUCAUGCAGCAAAUGGCAGAACAGAAAAUCAUACCAGUGAACUCGGUCGAACGCACCUCGUACAAUGGCACCAAAACGGUGUGGACGUACAAGGAGUGGGCCAACAAGAUAGCGGCCAACUUCGACAAAGAGUUCUACGUCGACGAGACCUCCGAAAGCUCGUACAUCAACAAGCGUGGUAUCUACAAGGAUACGGUUGGUUCGGAAAUACCGUGGACCGACUAUCAGCUGCGAUGUAACUUCCCGAUUGCGCUGCUAGCCGCCCCGGAGCUGGCUGAUCCGAAACACGCCUGGCGUGCGCUGGAAAACGCCAAAAAGUAUCUGUUGGGUCCGUUGGGUAUGAAAACACUGGAUUACGAAGACUGGGGCUAUCGUGGAAAUUACGACAAUUCCAUCGACAGCGAUGACAAGACGGUCUCACACGGUGCAAACUACCACAAUGGGCCGGAGUGGGUGUGGCCGAUCGGAUUCUACCUGCGGGCACGAUUGAUCUUUGCAAAAGCAAACGGUGUGCUGAAGGAGACGGUUGCUGAAACUUGGAAGAUUUUGCAAACACACGUUAACGAGUUGCAGCGUUGCCACUGGCGUGGACUGGCCGAGCUUACGAACGAGAAUGGGGCGUACUGUAACGAUUCGUGUCGUACGCAAGCCUGGAGUAUGGGCUGCGUGUUGGAAGUUCUGUACGAUCUGGAAAAGUACGAAAAGGAGCUUUAAGUGGGUCGUUGCGUUCUGUCAAUCUACUGCCUGCGAGAGCGGUUUAGUGUUUAGAAUCGCCGCUCAAUGCCAUACUUUCUGUUGAGAUUGUUUAUUUCGUGUUUACUGUUUACGUUGUUGAUCAUUCGAUGAGUUUAUGAAAUAGGUAUAGAGAAAGUGUUUAGUGAAAACUUCAUGCUUUAACCAAACAUGUUAUUCACAAAUAAAGCUAUAAUA